AGAUGCUUCUUAAAAGAUAUGUUUCAGACUAUUCAAUUCGAUGUCAAUGUUAUGGCAUUACUUUUGGUCUCAAAUCUGUUACUGUGGGAGUACUGCUAUUUUGCACAACAAUAUGAAAAUGAAUGCGAUCUGCUAUAUUUAACUUUAAAUGACUUGCCAUGGUAUAACUGGGACAUCAGAAAUCAAAAGAUUUUACAUAUGAUCCUGAUGAAUACUCAGCAUGCACUUGCUAUAAAAAGUAUUGGCAGCCACAGCGCCAACAACCAGAUUAUAACAAUGACGUACCGGGAGGUGUACGCCUUUGUUACAUUUUUUUGCACAGUAACUAGAAGGACCUAAAUGAAACCAUGGUUAUGGAAUAUUAAGCUGGAAAAUAUUCAAAAUAAUAACUGCACGUGCACGAAACAAGUCGGAACUAAUUUAUUUCAUCGAUACGGAACCAGUUGAAGGCUGUUUUCUUUCCCGAGAAUUAUUGUGUUUUAUAAAUUCCUUAAUUUAAUAUUGAACAUAGUAAAUAAAUGACUGAUUUUAUUUUAAUUCAAUAAUGUUAGCGAUGAAAGAUUCAUUAAAUAAUUUUAAAAUUUUCUUAUUUCGUACAUACAAGUAACAUUUAAUGACUUAAUAUUAUAACGUGAUAAUUGAACUGCAUUGUUGUACCAUUAUAGUUAUACCAUAUUGUACUUACCACUCUGUAACUUGCAAAAAAUAAAAUUCUAUA